CUUGACAGCUGACAACGUCAAUGAUGAACUGUCAAGUAUUGUUUAGGUCACCCAUAUGAUUGAUUGCAAACUCUAAACAAAAUCAAAACUUGUAAACAUUUGUGCCUAUUUAACAUGUUACUGUUGAAAAACCGUACCGAUUAACAUAAGAACCGCAAGUAUUAUGUUUGGAAGAAUUCGUACUGCAGAUAUUCAAUUGAUAUCGUUGAAUUCUCCACAGAAUAUAAAUCAUUGGCUACCGUAAUCAGAAAAUAAGGCAAAUGAAAGUAAAACGUGGUUAUUACGAUGUUUUUGUAGACACAUGUGCUAAGUAUUCAUCCAAUAUCGCCGUCAGACACUAUGUGGAUGGAGUGUACAAGACUUACACGUACUCAGAGCUUUACGGCGUCUGUGAGUACUUAUCGCAAAAAUUACAACUCCUACAAUGUAAUAGGGGCGUAAUUGGACUAGUUUCAGAGAGAAAUAUCAUCAUACCAUGCGUCAUAGCUGCAGCUCACAAAAAUUGCACAACAUUCAUGUUUGUCGACCCGACCCAAGAUGUAGGCGCAAUAGCUAAAGAUAUCGGAUUCACAAUAAUAAUGACCAUUAGGACAAAUGAUCAAGAUCCUAAUGCAGAGGUGUUUGAUAAAAAGCCAGAACAAAUUGUUUCAGUGUUUGAUUUAAUCAUAUGUUUUUAUAAAUAUGAUGGAGGGAAUGAGCCACGCAUGCUACAUGUGCCUCAACACUCGUUUAUUGCUUUAACUUCUGGGAGUACAGGAGAGCCAAAACAUAUUCAGGUUCCUAUUCAAUGCAUCCAACCUAACAUUGAUGAUCUUACUAAAAUGUUUAGCAUCACACCAGCAGAUGUCAUCUUCUUCUCAACACCUCUCACAUUUGACCCUUCCAUGGUGGAAAUUUUACUAGCAUGUAUGAAUGGAGCCUCUCUACUUGUUGCACCAGACAGGACAGAUGUGUUAUUCCCAGAAAACAAAAUGAACUCUAUCACAAUUUGGCAAACUACACCAUCAAAGUUUUUGCAGUACUCAAAUACAGAUAUCAGGGACAAAAUAUUAAGUCAAAACUCAACUCUUAAAAUAUUAGCACUUGGUGGAGAACCUUUCAAUAGUAUUCAAAGAAUAAAGGAAUUGAAGCACUUGGAUAACAAGACCAGGCUAUUUACUUUGUAUGGUGUUACUGAGAUGUCAUGUUGGGCCUGCAUCGCUGAACUUGAUCUCAGCAAAAUUACAACAGACAGGGAAGUUCCUCUAGGCCACUGUCUCUCUGAAACAGAGCUCAUUAUUGAAGACAACAAAGAUAAUGUCAAUACAGGAAAAAUUAUAUUAGUUAGCAAAACCAGAAAAUGUGUUAUUCUAAAUAAGUCAAAAGGUACUGAGGAGCAAAAUUCAUUAAAGUUUCUGGAUACUGGUGACAUUGGGGAACUCAAAAGUGGCACUGUAUACUACAGAGGUAGAAGGGAUGACAUCAUCAAGAGGUUUGGCCAUAAAGUCAACCUAAUGAACAUUGAAGCUGCAAUAAUGCAGUGUCCAAAAGUAAAAACAUGUGCAUGCCUAUGGUUACCAAAACCAAUGCUGCUAGUUGUGUACUUCUCAUCCGAAACAAUAAGCAGCCAAGAAUUAUCAGACUUUUUGAAAUGCAAACUUGAUGAUAAACAUUGGCCUGACAAAAUUAUAAGGGUAGAUAAUUUACCCACUAAUCGUCAUGGGAAAAUAUCUAAAAAUAUUCUGAGUAACAUGUUUGAAAAACACGUUAGGAUGCCACAAACUGAAGAUUCAAUAAAAGUUACCUUUAUAAAAGAGCUGAAAGCUUCAUUAGGCAAAAAUUUUGUUUAUGAUCAGAUUAAAAAUAAAGACUUCUUUGCAUUGGGAGGUACAUCUUUUCUGGCUGUAUCUCUUUGUAACAAUCUGUCCCAAACUUGUCCUCAACUUGGGAAGUUAAUUCUGCCAUACCUAAUGACACAGAAGAACACUAUAGAUGAGAUAAUGGAAAUAGUGUAUAAACAACUUGGCUCAGACGAAAUCAAAGUUAAGAAGCCUCUUAAGCGGACGAGAUCUAACAGUGAAAAAAGAUUUGACAGUAGUAGCUUAGCUAGCAAUGAGAUUGUAAAGAAAUCAAGUCUUGAGGCUACAAUCGGCUCUGUAGAGUUUACUACUAUAUGGAAACAUGACACUGGCAAAUGUGUAGAUGCUUCACCAGUAUUGUUCCAAUCAGGCUACAACUUGUAUGUAACUGUGGGCAGUCACUCAGGGCAGAUUGUGGUACUAGACGCAAUCACCAGCGAGCUUCAGGCCACGUUUCUGAUUAAUUCAAGGAUUGAAGCCGCUGUCCUGUGUUACUACGACUCAGACAUUACUCCACCAUGCGGCGUGGUCGGCGGGUACGACGGUACCAUCAUCUGCUUUUGUCUUGACACCUUCAAGGAGAACUGGAGAGUUAAUAUCGGCUCCAUGAUCAAGAGCAAGGCGGCCUGCGUAAAGGGACAGCUGUAUGUCGGCUCUUACGACGGCAAUGUUAGAUGUCUUAACAUUUCGACAGGUACAACAGACAUUACGAUAAACAUUUGCGACCAAGCCAUAUCUGCUGACCUGGUGGUUGCGAAAAAGGAGUUUGUGAUAUUAGGCUCACUGUCAGGUGUAUGCGCCUGUAUCCAAACCACUACUAAUACAGUGGUUUGGCGUGGCUUGCUGGGCAGCCCGUUGUUUGCCAGCCCUGUUCUAUAUUACAAUGAUAAAUACGUAGUUUUCGCUGAAGUAUCCGGCGACAUACAUUGUAGAACUGUGGAGAAGGGCAUCAAGAUUUGGAAGUACCAGGGUGUAACAGGAAAUAUAUUUUCUUCAAUUUAUAUAAAGCAAAUAGAUAAAUUCAAAUGGCAAAUGGUAUUUGGAUGUCAUGACAAGGGUGUGUACAGUCUCUCUGUGAAAAACUUUCAGCCAGCUCUUCUUUGGAAGACCCAACUGACAUCACCGGUGUACUCAACUCCUUGUGCUUUGAGUGAUAAACUAAUACUGGCUGUAUCAAAUAAUGGAAAACUGUGUAUUCUUGAAAGAGAAACUGGAGUUUUGUUAGGAGAAUACAGUUUGCCAAGUGAAACAUUUUCAACACCAGUUACAUAUGGUGAUUUUAUUUAUGUUGGAUGUAGGGAUGACCACUUGUAUUCAAUAAGAUACCUCUUUGAAUUAUGAUAAUCAAUGAAUCUAGUCUUUUCAGAAAUUGUUUAGAAAUGUAAAAUUAUUACAAGUUAAUAACAAAUAUCUAAUAAAAAUAAGGACUACUAAUAGUUUAUGUACCUGUAUUUGUUUACAAAAUAAAACACCCCUCUAUAAUUAUAACUUUUAUUUAUGAUCUUACACAACAUAUAGGUAUAAUGAGCAUUCAUAAAUUUUGACUUGUUACAAAUAUGAUAUGGUUACAGAAUCAAACAAGUAUCCAAUUGGAAUGCAUAACUUUCUGGUACAAAUAACCUAGCACUUGUGCAGAUCAUACAGCUUUGUAUACUUAAAAAGCAGCUAUAAAUAAAGUAUAAAUUCCUUUAAAUAAUAUUUCAUUUUUGGCAAUCAAAUGCAUAAAAUCAGUUUUGGAACGACUGUGAGCAUUGUACAUACAUAAUACUUGACCUACAAUAAGCUCUUAAUAUUGUUAACCCAAAAUCCCUAGAGUAUUGUUAUUGUUGCCAGAACAGUUCUUAAACAAAUAUAAAAUUAACAAGCAAUGUACAUAAACAUGAUACUAAAGUACAGUUCACUGUUCCUCCUCCCCAAGCUCCACUUUUACUUUGGAGAAGUCAAAGUCUUCACCGGUUCCAUACUUGUAUAUUUUAAUCACAUCUAAGCAAGUAGUCUCGAAGUGUGUGGUAGCAUCAUAUGACUCAGAAAUGAAAAUCUGGCUCUGAGUUCCAUCAUCAAUGGGCUCAUAGUAGUCAGACACCGACACAAACUUCUGUCGGAUGGGCCCAAGCAGAUCCAAGCCAGGCUUAAUCUCACUCUCGGGAUCAUUGGUUUCAACAGUAGUGGACACCAUAGCUAUGAACCAGCCCUUGGCAGCUACCUGGUGUGUGUAUGACACAACUGAAAUAUAAAUAUCGGAAUGCCUGCCCACUUGCUUUUGAGGAAUGAUAAUUUGGGUGGAAAGAGCAUCCUUUGUGUUUGGUAUAGGAUGGUCCAACAAACAGAUGCAUCGGAUCACCUGGGCCUUCUUGCGAACACGGUCAGGAACAUAGCUGGGGUCACAGUAAACUUGCUUGCAUUUGGCUAUUUCAUUGCCAGAACGCACACCAACCACUUUACCACCUUCUCCAAGAACAAUCUCAUCUAUGGGUUUGUCCAACAUGUAGGUACCUCCAUAAAUAGCAGAGAGACGAGCAAAGCCCUGAGGCAACUCUCCAAGACCAUACAUAGGAUACAAGUAUGGAGAUUUUCCAUACCUAGCCAGUGAAUCGGAGUACAGUUUAAUACGGCGAAUAGUUUGGAUAGCUGGUUGCUGGAGGUAGUUAUCAUUGAGGUAGAGGGCUAGUGCAUGCCCCGUGAAGUCUUGGGUAUUCUUGUCAAGACCAAACUUGUCAUACAGCGAUUGCAUGUUGGCUGUGUUCGGGUCUAAGUCUUUCCAGGUCUUGGCGUCAUCUUCCUGGAAAUCUUGAACGUAGAUAAGGAAAUUGCGGAAGCGUCUCUUCUCGAACAUCCCCAUAAGAUCCGAAGCCAGCGCUUCCUUUUGGUCGACAGGGACCUUGGAAAUCUUUCCGCCUUUGUAGACAUAGCUGCCUUCCACAGACUUAAAUUCCAAAUAACGAGUCACACCCGUGUGAAUCAAAAGCUUAACAAGGAGGCCAUUGGCCAUCAAAAGCUUGGGAAUCAAAUCUACAUUCCAGUCGCGACCUCGACCGUAUGUUUCAUCGGGAGCCGGUGCGUUGAACUUUGCGAACAAUUCUUCUAACGGGGUAAUUGACGCAGAUUCACCACCGUAGUACUUAUUACGAUCAAUGUGCAGUACCUUCUUUCCGGAUACGGAAAGCAUUCCACUUAGGAUGCACUCCUUCAAACCUGUUCCCAGGACUAUUGCGUCGUAUUCUUCAUCCAUGUUGAAGGAUUUACAAGAAGUUUUUCCAAUACGAAAACGCAAACCGGGUGGUAAAUGUCAAAAUGUCGGAAAGAAUAUGGCCGACUUCGAUGACGACGACGUGUGAGUUAGUGUUGCGCAAG